AUGACAUCAUCGACGAGAUACCACAGGAGCGAGUCACACCAGAAAAAAAAUGAAACACAUUUCGACAAGCUUCUCUCGGCGGUGCACAACCACUUCAACCCGGAAAACGACACGGAAUACAACCGAUUUGUGUUCCGGAAAAUUAAACAAAAUAGCCCUGGCAUCGAAGAAUUCUACCGCAAACUAAAGGAAGCUGCGUCCACGUGCCGCUUUUCCGACAUGGAUUCCGAGGUGAAGUCCCAACUAAUCACAGGCUGCCUGUCGGAUAAAGUCCGCCAGAAGGGACUCAUGAACUCGGAUAUGUCACUACAUGACUUAAUAAACUACGCAAGGACAACGGAGACGAUAGCGUCGGACCUACAAACAAUGCGACUGGAAGACAACAACAUCGCUACUGCUACAACCGCCCCAAUAAACAAAGUCGCGGACGAACAGCGCCGACUAAGCAACUAUCCCCAGCAAUACCGGUGCAGGAAUUGUGUCGGAGUUACCUCCUCCUUCUGUCCUUGA